AUCGUGCUGGACAUUUUAACAAUUAUACACGGUGGAAUGAAACUCGCUUGGUUAGAAAAAUAAAACGUCUGCUUACGAUUGCAAUGCAUCAGACAGAGAGCGAGAAGGAGCUGGGCUCGGACACUGAUCCGGUGCUUACUAAUCAUCUCAACAGAAAAGAUUACAAAAUAAUAAAGAAAAUCGGAGAAGGCACGUUUUCUGAAGUGACGAGGGUGCAAAACCUGAAGGACGGGAAACACUAUGCGUGUAAAACAAUGAAGCAGAGCAUUAACAGCCUGGAACAGGCACACAACCUCCGUGAGGUCCAAGCAAUGAAGAGACUGAGUUUACAUCCUAAUAUACUGCAGCUUCAUGAAGUAAUAUUUGAUCAAGACACAAGGACCUUGUCUUUGAUAUGUGAACUUAUGGAGAUGAAUAUCUAUGAGUUGAUUAGAGGAAGACAGUAUCCUUUAUCUGAAAGCAAAGUCAAAAACUACAUGUAUCAGCUUUGUAAAGCUCUGGAUCAUAUGCACAGCAACGGUAUUUUCCACAGAGAUGUGAAACCAGAGAAUAUUUUAAUUAAACAUGACAUCCUAAAACUGGCAGACUUUGGCUCCUGUAGGAGUGUGUAUUGCAAGCCUCCUCACACAGAAUACAUCUCGACACGGUGGUACAGAGCUCCAGAGUGCCUGCUUACAGAUGGCUACUACUCACUCAAAAUGGACAUAUGGAGCGCAGGCUGCGUGUUCUUUGAAAUUCUCAGCUUGAGUCCUCUGUUUCCAGGGACUAAUGAGAUGGAUCAGGUGUCCAAGAUUCAUGAUGUGUUGGGCACACCAGACAGCAAGGUUCUCCAAAAGUUCAGACAGUCUCGAGUGAUGCCUUUCGAUUUCUUGCCCCGGAAAGGCUGUGGGCUUUCUCAGCUAAUUCCUCGUUGCUCAGCUCCUAGCCUCUCAUUGCUCUAUCAGAUGCUGACUUAUGAUCCAGAUGAACGCAUAAGUCCACGUGUAGCACUGCAGCACACCUGUUUCAGAGAGCAACGGCUGACAGAAAGGAGAGCUCUAGGGCUUCACAGGACUAUUGGGGUUAUGGAGGACAGCAGCAGCAUGACUCCAAGAUCAGUAGAGCAAUUCUGGCGCAAUACUCGACACGGGAGACGGCAGCAGCAGCUGAAGCAUGUAGCUGAACCACUCAGCAGACAUGUUUUGCCUCGUUAUCCUGUGGAGCUCCCAAAGCUGAACGUGAUGGUGCCCACUCCUAAAGUGCCCUAUCCUGUGUCCAGUCUGCCUGCUUUGGCCAUACCACACCAGGGGUUGCUGCCAGCCAUCACCUCCAAAAAGUGCCAUUCUCGUUCAGUGAAGCCCAGGGAAGAACCACACCGCUCAACUUUACAGAGCUACUGCAUGCCUCCUCUGGAGAGAAAAGGUGGAGGCUGCUGAAAUGUGCGGCUGAGCAACUAAACAGUGUUCAAAACUGCAAGCACGGAAGUAAAGAAUUUAAUUCUCUGGAGAGACACAUUCCAUCAAGUGACUCCGAUCACAUGGCCAAGACUUCAGUUGAAGCAUGUAUGUAUGUAUGCAUGCAUGUAUGUAUUACUCCAAAGUGCAUAAGGACGUACAAGUUGCUCUGAACACAAAAUGUAGUCCGGAAUCCCCCUGUACACUUGGCUUUGUAAGGCCUGUGCUGUGUCUGAAUUUAUGCCCCAUUCACCAUAAAAUGCAUCAUAAAUGUAGUGUGUGUACCAAGUACCACAAUACAUAAUGGUUUCUUUCAGCCCAGUAUUUGGGCAAUUCCAUGUAAAUGUCAACCUCACCAUGCAAAAAUAAAGCAACAUGUAAUACAUCAAAACCACUCCCAGAGAUAUCACCUAGGCCUGUAUUUUACAGAUGUGAAUAAGUUGAACCAAUUUGUAACCAACCUAAUAUGUCACUGUCAGUCUUCCUUUCUUAUAAUGUAAAACCCGGAAGCUAAAAUCAACUUUGAUCAUGUACAAUUCUAUAUUAUUGCCACAAGCCACAGAAAUGUAUGCUAAAAUCCACAAAACAGCAAAACAAUAGCCAUCCUAAAUAUUAUUUAAGAACUUUGAUAGUUUUAGCUGAUAUUUAGAGAGUUUUUCAAAGGGUUAUG